AAUAAAAAUGUCCAGUCUUUGAGUGCAAGCAACAGCAACCCCAGAAAGCGAAGAAGAGUUCAUGGUUGAUUCCUGAUUCUUCCUCGCCAAGCUCGACACCCUCCAGAAACCAACCAUGGCUACUUCUCGAGAAAAGAAGCAUUGGUGGCGUAGCAACCGAAAGAUUGUGUACAAGUACAUUAAGGAUGCGAGGAAUCUCAUUGCGACGCAAGAACAGAGUGAGAUCGCUUCCGCGCUCAACCUCCUCGACGCGGCGCUGGCUCUGUCGCCGCGGUUCGAGAUCGCUCUGGAACUCAAAGCAAGAUCUCUUCUCUAUCUCCGGCGGUUCAAGGACGUCGCCGAUAUGCUUCAGGACUACAUCCCGAGCCUUAAACUGACGAACGAGGACUCUAGUUCCGUCUCCUCCGAUUGCUCUUCUCAACAGCUUUCUCGAGAGCGAGUCAAGCUUCUCUCUAACAACUCGUCGUCUGACUCACCGGGUCUCGACCCGUCCUUCAAAUGUUUCUCCGUCUCGGACUUGAAGAAGAAGGUCCUGGCUGGACUCUGUAAAAACUGCGAAAAAGAAGGGCAAUGGAGGUACUUGGUUUUGGGCCAAGCGUGCUGUCAUCUGGGCCUGAUGGAGGACGCCAUGGUGCUGCUACAGACAGGGAAACGCCUCGCCACCGCCGCAUUCCGAAGAGAAAGCAUCUGCUGGUCCGACGACAGCUUUUCCCUCCCUGCCACGACCGCCUCUGACAUCUCAGCUUCCGCUGCCGCUACUCCUCCCUCCACCCCUCCGCGUAACGGCAUUCCGCUCUCCGAAACUGAAAAUAUAUCGCAGCUCCUCUCUCACAUCAAGCUCCUGGUCCGCCGGAGAACUGCUGCAAUUGCUGCGCUGGAUGCCGGUCUCUACUCGGAGGCCAUUCGACACUUCUCCAAGAUUGUUGACGGCAGACGCCCCGCCCCUCAAGGAUUCCUCGCUGAGUGCUAUUUAUACCGCGCCUUAGCCUACAAAGCAUCUGGUCGGAUUGCCGAGUCAAUUUCUGAUUGCAAUAAGACCCUGGCUCUUGAUCCCACCUGCAUUCAAGCUCUGGAUACUAGAGCUUCCCUUCUGGAAACCAUCCGGUGCGUGCCUGAUUGCUUGCACGAUCUCGAACACUUAAAGUUACUCUACAAUUCCAUUUUACGAGACAGGAAGCUCCCCGGUCCUGCCUGGAAACGGCAUAACGUGAGGUACAGAGAGAUUCCGGGGAAGCUAUGUGCAUUGACUGCCAAAAUUCAGCAACUGAAACAGAGGGUCGCCUCCGGCGAGACUGGAAACGUUGAUUACUAUGCUUUGAUCGGAUUAAGGCGUGGCUGUUCAAGGUCUGAGUUAGAGAGGGCUCAUUUGUUACUCUGUUUGCGGCAUAAACCCGACAAAGCUACCAAUUACAUUGAGAGAUGUGAGUUCGCCGACGAGACUGAUCUGGAAUCAAUCAAGGACAGGGCCAAAAUGUCUGCAUUGCUUCUUUACAGAUUGCUUCAAAAGGGUUAUUCAAGUCUAAUGACGACAAUAAGGGAAGAAGAAGCCGCCGAAAAACAGAGUAAGAAAGCUGUGGCGGCUCUGCAAGCUGCGCAGUCUACAAUCCAAGCGCAACAGACCCAAAAUCCCCACCCCAAAUCAGAACCGGAGAACACUCCAUCUCUUUCAGCAAAUCCGUCCGAUUCCCGAGCUUGUAACAACAGGGCAAGUCCCGGUGAAAACAAAGCAAACCCAUCCUCCAAUGCAAAUGUGUUUCAAGGAGUUUUCUGCCGGGACUUGGCUGCCGUCGGGAAUUUGCUUUCUCAGGUUGGGUUUAACCGUCCACUUCAGGUGAAGUACGAAGCACUUAGCUGCUAAUUUUGUCUUUCAAAAUUGGCGCCAAUUUAAUGGAAGGAUCUAUUGAGAUGAUUUACCGGCAGAAGGGUCUCUGGUUCACCUUCUCUGUUUUGUACAAAAAUCGACACUCCACUACAUAAUUCUUAGUCUGCCGGAAAAUUUUGUCUACCCCUUUUCUCCUCUCCUCUGUUAUCUACUCAUCUCCAUGUACAGAAAAUUAUUCAUUUUCAUUUUCACGUUUCAGUAUCAAAAUUUCU